GGGGCGGGCGCGGCCGGGCCGGCCCCCCGGGCUGCCUUUUCCUUUUUGAUCCAUUCAAAAAUUACUCAUUGCCCGUCCCCGGAGCGCCCGAGCCCGGCCGGCGGGGGCAGCUCGGAGCGCGGCCUCCCCUCCCGGCGGGCCAUGGCAGCGCGCUGAGCCCGGCCGCGCCCGCACCCCUGGCCAUGGCCGCGCGCGAGGAGCUGUACAGCAGAGUGACCCCGCGGCGGGCCCGCCAGCAGCGCCCCGGCACCCUCCGGCACGGCUCGGCGCUGGACGUGCUGCUGUCCAUGGGCUUCCCCCGAGCCCGCGCACAAAAAGCCCUGGCAUCCACAGGAGGAAGGAGCGUUCAGGCAGCAUGUGACUGGCUCUUCUCCCACGUGGGUGACCCCUUCUUGGAUGACCCUCUGCCCCGCGAGUAUGUGCUCUACCUCCGGCCCAACGGCCCCCUGGGCCAGAAGCUGUCGGAUUUCUGGCUGCAGUCGAAGCAGAUGUGUGGGAAGAACAAGGCACACAACAUCUUCCCGCACAUCACGCUCUGCCAGUUCUUCAUGUGUGAGGACAGCAAGGUGGACGCCCUGGGGGAGGCCCUGCAAGCCACUGUCAGCCGCUGGAAGUGCAAGUUCUCGGCCCCACUGCCGCUGGAGCUCUACACCUCCUCCAACUUCAUCGGCCUCUUUGUGAAGGAGGACAGCGCCGAGAUCCUCAAGAAAUUCGCCGCUGACUUCGCCGCAGAGGCUGCAUCGAAGACAGAAGUCCAUGUGGAGCCUCAUAAGAAGCAGCUGCACGUGACCCUGGCUUACCACUUCCAGGCCAGCCACCUCCCCACCCUGGAGAAACUGGCCCAGAACAUCGACGUGAAGCUGGGCUGUGACUGGGCAGCUACCAUCUUCUCCCGGGAUAUCCGCUUUGCGAACCAUGAGACGCUGCAGGUGAUCUACCCCUACACGCCGCAGAAUGACGAUGAGCUGGAGCUGGUCCCCGGAGACUUCAUCUUCAUGUCUCCCAUGGAGCAGACCAGCACCAGCGAGGGCUGGGUCUAUGGCACGUCCCUGGCCACGGGCUGCUCGGGCCUCCUGCCCGAGAAUUACAUCACCAAGGCGGACGAGUGCAGCACGUGGAUAUUUCACGGCUCCUACUCCAUCCUGAACACGGCGUCUUCCGGGGCCCUCUCCUUUGGGGACGGGGUAUUGGAGAGACGGUCAUAUGAGGACCAGGCUCUGGGGGAGACCACCCCCCUGACGAUCGUCUGCCAACCCACACAGCCCCUGAGGGUCAGCAGCCAAGUGGGCCCCCAGAAGCGAUACCUGUUUGUGUGCCGGCAUGGGGAGAGGAUGGACGUCGUGUUCGGGAAGUACUGGCUGUCCCAGUGCUUCGACGCCAAAGGCCGCUACAUCCGCACCAACCUGAACAUGCCCCUCAGCUUACCUCAGCGGAGUGGCGGCUUCCGGGACUACGAGAAGGAUGCGCCCAUCACUGUGUUUGGCUGCAUGCAAGCGAGGCUCGUGGGUGAAGCCUUGCUGGAGAGCAACACCGUCAUCGACCACGUCUACUGCUCCCCAUCCCUGCGCUGCGUGCAAACAGCCAACAACAUCCUGAAAGGUUUACAACAAGAAAAUCACUUGAAGAUCAGAGUAGAGCCCGGCUUGUUUGAGUGGACAAAAUGGGUGGCAGGGAACACGUUGCCGGCGUGGAUACCUCCGUCAGAGUUAGCAGCGGCCAACCUAAGUGUGGACACAACCUACAGACCUCACAUCCCAGUCAGUAAAUUAGUGGUUUCAGAAUCCUAUGACACUUACAUCAAUAGAAGUUUCCAAGUAACGAAGGAAAUAAUAAGUGAAUGUAAGAGUAAAGGAAGCAACAUCCUGAUUGUGGCUCACGCCUCUUCUCUGGAAGCCUGUACCUGCCAACUCCAGGGCCUCUCGCCUCAGAACUCCAAGGACUUUGUUCAGAUGGUCCGAAAGAUCCCCUACCUGGGAUUUUGCUCCUGUGAAGAACGCGCAGAAAGUGGAUUGUGGCAGCUGACAGACCCACCUAUCCUUCCUCUUACCCACGGCCCGACGGGGGGCUUCAACUGGAGAGAGACUCUGCUCCAGGAGUAACGGUGCACGCGCCAGGAGACGGGUUGCCCGAAGCUGGCAGAGGAACAGUCUGAGCGUUUGUUUAGUAACAGCGGAAAAACUGGCACCACUUUUUAGCAGACAGCUCGGGAUCAUUUAGCAUAUUCCUACCUUGCUUUCAAGUGCUUAUGAGGAGGAGCGUGCAGGAGAGGAGGACUCGGGGCAGGUGUAAGAUUCAUUCUGUAGGGGCUCUUGCCUGGCUGAUGAGACUGGGGAGAUCCAUCGUCCUCCACAGCGUGCGCGCCCAUCACGGAGGAGGUGACACCUUCCUUCUGUCGAGAGAGUCUGCCCGAAAGGAGCUUCUGAAAGAAAAGCUUCUCUCUAGAAUCCAGCCAGGGUGGUACUGAGCCGGCCAGCUCGUGGCUGGGCUUCCUUUCACACGCCACGACGUUCUAAUUAGGCCGAGGGAAACUGAGGGUUCCGGAAAGGCAGCUGGGAAGCAGGUCCUGCAGCGAACAGAUGUGAGGUUCCGCCUGAAGGCCCACCCUCUCUGUCACCCCGCAUCCCCGGGACUGUGGCCCCAAACCCUUUACCCUGGAUCCACCACCUUUUCUCAGCCCAUAGCUUUUGACUAUAGCCCCCACCCCCACCCCCUUGCUUUUAUCUGUGAAAUGGGGAGACAAAGCACUUUUGCUUUCCAAGGCACUUUUAGAUACUCAGGAGGAGACGAAUUCAAAUCUAGGAGCAAAGAAUUUGCAGAACGCAAAAAGACUUGCAGCACUUGGAAACUGCCAUGGUUUGUUGGUCUUUGCCCCACCCCUACCCUCUCCAUCCCCGCCCGCAUGGAGUCCAGACUGUUCCUCUGUGUGGAGAUGGGACAGAGAAAAGGGGCUUGUGUUCAGAUAGAAUCCCGGUCAGCCAGAAGCUCAAUUCUUGUGCAAUAUGGACAUCUUCCAAGGGCCGGGUCAUCAUCCAUGGCCAUCCACCUCCACCACAGAGAACCUUCCCUGGCUCGCCAGGGAGUGUCAGAGAGGACGGUGACUUCAGGUACAGGUUUAAGUGAUGACCCAUCACGGCCGCACUGCUUACAUUUUUACUGGUUUGCUUUUUCUAUCAUAAUUUAAACUCGGGGAAAUUUGAGAGUACCGCCUCCCAGGGCUUCUCAUGGCACCUGCCUCUUGGAUUUCGAGGGAGUCUAUUUAAGGGGGUGGGGGGGGAAAUAAAUGACAAUCAAACCCAAACAUCCAGCGAUCAAUGUCUAAUUUCAUGGUGGGAUUUGCCGUGCUGACCGCAGGCAGUGCCUGGAAUGGCCCGGCUCCCUACACAGGCUGCGUGAGCAGAGCAAAACUCCAGCCCUCCCGCCCCUACACACCCUUCCAGGGGUCAGCACUGUAAGACGAAGCAGGGUACAGCCUCACAGCCUCACCCCCAGUCAGCUUCCAAGCCCAGAUGCCUCAGCCAUACGGCGGAUAAAAAUAGCUCUGUGCUCCGACUUGAAAUUGGAAUUUGAUGAUCCCUGAAAAGAGGAGGAAGUGAAAGGAAGUGGCUGUGUAUG